AUGGCAUCGCACUGCUUCCUGCACGGUGACAGAGUUCAGAAGUUGGGAAGUACCAUUGGUUGGGGUCCGUGCUUCCCCAUGCACAGCAGUCCCCGUGAGGGCAGGGACUCCGGGACACGUUACCUCACAGAAGCGCGGGAGGUGAACGUGAGGCCGAGGCACGCGUGUAGAAGCUGCGUGCAGCUUUGUGAAUCGCACCGACACACACGCACAUCCCACGGAGCGGCAAAGAUAAAUGGAGGAAAACAAAAUGCAGGAGCAGAGAGUGACUUCGGCCGCCCGCAUUGCUUUACUGCACCUUCCCGCUGCUCGCAGCCUCACACCGGCCCCGCGGGACCCCGCGGCGCCGCACGGAUCGCCCCGCUAAUCCCGGCGGAACGUUCUUCCCGCGCCGCACGGAACGGUUCCGCGUCGGACCGGGCGGUGCUGCGCUUCCGCCGGCGGUGGCGGCAUGGCGGCUGGCAGCUGGGCUUUGCAGCCAGGCCUGUGCAUGAUGUAACGUGGUGGCACGAGCAUCUGUCUGAAGAAAACGAGCAGUUCCUCAGGAAUGCGACAGCGGAGGAGUACAGAGCGCUGACAGCCAGCAAGCUGUGCCCACUGAAGGACGAGCCGUGGCCGCUGAAUGAGUGGAAGCCAGAUUCUGUCAGAGUUGGUGUUGUUGCGGUGAAACUGGGAAUGAUGCCAAUAUGGACCAAGUCAGGAAAGAAGCACGCUGUCACACUGCUUAAGGUGCAAGACUGCCAUGUUUUGAAGUACAUUUCAAAGGAAGAUUCAGGUGGAAAAAGAGCGAAGCUGCUUGUUGGAGGGAAAAAUGUAUCACCUUUUUUUAAAUCAGAGGCUGAAAUGGAAAUUUUUAGAGAAGCUGGAGUACCAAGGAAGCAGAAAGUUACAUCAUUUGAUGUGACAGAUGAUGCGAUAAUUAAACCAGGUACUCCUCUGUAUGCUGCUCACUUCCGCCCAGGGCAGAUUGUGGAUGUUACUGCAAAAACAAUUGGUAAAGGCUUUCAAGGUGUCGUGAAAAGGUGGGGAUUUAAAGGUCAGCCUGCCAGCCACGGCCAAACUAAAACUCACAGACGUCCUGGAGCAAUAUCUACCAAUAAAGUUUCCAGAGUUUUCCCUGGAAAGAAAAUGCCUGGUAAAAUGGGUAACAUCUAUAGGACGUCUUUUGCAUUAAAGGUGUGGAGGAUCAACACAAAACAUGAUAUUAUUUAUGUACAUGGCUCUGUUCCAGGUCACACGAAUUGUCUGGUGAAGGUCAGAGAUACAAAACUGCGUGUUUACAAAGACUGCAAUAAAAACCCUCCUUUCCCCACGUUUUUUGCUGAUGGAGAUGAAAAACUACCAGAAGACUUGUACGACCAGGACAUGUUCCAGUUCACAGAUCCAUCGGUCACAUACACAUAAUGUUAUUGACAUCUUUGAAAACGUGGAAUUUUGUUAUUUUUAUGAACUUUGCAAUGCUGUAUAGAAGUAAACCAUUGAAUUGCAAUCUAACCAACUGACCUGGACAUUUCAUAUAUUGCUGUUUUGGUCAGGUACAAAUUUAAGAUUAUUGAUAAAUCAGCAGGUUAGUCUGAGGGACAGGUUGCAAAGCUUAUCUCCAGUUUGUCUUCAGUGAUCUUUUGUCCUGUGCCACAGAUUGUAAAAACUUAGAGACUUCUGGAAACUAUUGAAGAUGGCUUUAAUUUAGUUUGAUCUUCUGAAUAUUACCAAACUCUGUUUGUCCUGUGUGGAAACUAAUCUGGCCAAUUCUGAUCGGUCAAAAAAAACUUUCAGAUAUGCUUUUGCAUCUGAGGGGGUGAAUAAAUCAGAUACAAAUCCAACUUAAUAAAGAAUAGCUCAGAAUAAAAAGGAAAAAUACACUGAUUUGUAGCAA